AUGCAGUACACGAUACCCGAGCGUGGAGACCUGAGGACGGAGAUUGAGUCGCUCUUCGCCAGCUUCACCAGGGACGUCGACCUCAUCACGGUCAACGUCACCGACUGCACCAACGUCGAGAUACCAUCCACACACCAGUACUACGCCAAGCCCCACGCGGCCAUCAUAUCCGCCAUCGUGAUCUGCACGCUGGCCGUGACUGCGGUGUACGCCAUCUACGGCAACACGAUGCACUACGUGAGGCGACACGUCCCGCGUGUCCUCAGGGGGUACACUGCCUUCGUCAUCUCCUUAUACCCGGUGUCGGCCACAAUCACGUACCUGGCAGUGCUGGUGCCCCGCGCGCACUUCCUGGUGCAGGUGGUGACGCAGGGCAUGUUCGUGGUGUGCCUGUACCAGAUGUUCUCGCUGUUGGUGGCCUACUUGGGCGGCGAGGAGGAGUUGUCCGUGCGGCUGUCCACAGCCACCAUACAGCCAGUCACGGGGCCCUGCUGCUGUUUCCCGUGCUGCCGCUACUGCUGCAAACCCAUCCCCGUCACCAGGAAAAGUGUGUCGCGACUACGUCUGCUGGUGUUCCAGCUGCCCUUGGUGCAGUGGCUGCUGUACGUCAUCAUUUUCGUCAUGGUUGCUGAGGACAAGGAGACGUACACCAAAGCGCUCCCGUACCUGCAGCCGCUCUUCGUGGGCUCCAUGAUGCUGGCCGUGUGGGGCACCAACAUGACGAUCCGCGUGCUCAACACCAUCCUGAGCGACUUCAAGGCGACUGCCAAGUUCAUGUCCCUGCAGCUCAUCGUCAUCCUGGACGUGCUGCAGACCUCGAUAGCGAAUCUCAUAGCCAAGAACGUGCCCUGCACCGUCCCGCUGACGCCCACUAUGUGGGCCAACUUGAUUGUGUCGACACUGGUGCUGGUGGAGAUGGUGCCACUGAGUCUUUGGGCCCGUUCACUCUACUGCCGUCCCACGCCACCCAUUACAGCGCUUGUGGAUCGCCAUGGGAACACGUCCAGUGGUCCAGAAUCUAAUGGGCACAUCGAGCCCAUACCCAUGUACAGGAGCUGUGUCAUCCUGACUGAGGACUUGCCGCCUGUUCGCAGCGUGAGCAUGGAUGGGGUCGACUCAUCAUCCACGGCCUAG